ACAGGGCAUCCAUAGCUGCGAUAUCCUGUUGUCCUGUUGGGAGUUUUCUAAAUAACAAGUCAUAGCGCGGAGCCGAAGUGCCUUUCUUAAAUGCACCAUGAAGCCGCAGCUGGCUGAGACCAACAAGCGCCCGAAAGCAGCCAGAGCUGAGGCUGCGCUGUCUCUGGAAGAGGAGCUCGCUGCAGCGAUACAUGGAGCGUUUGAAGUGGCUGUGGAGGUCGCAGUUCGAGAGGUGACGAAGCUUGUGGGUCAGGCAACGGGAGCCGUCUACGGAGAGAUGCGACGGCAGAACGAGUCCCUCAAACAAAGACUGCAGAGGGCUGAAGAGAUGCUGGACUCCGCGCGCAUGGAGGAAAGAGGAGGCGGCUCUCCUUUUACGAAUCACGUCCUGGACGACCGUGCGGAGCACCCGCAUCUCUUUAAGCACUGUCGGGAAAGCCCCAGAGGAGACUCUCCUCCUCCAGGUCACAGCCGUGCGCACCCGUCUCCUGACUCCCAACACGAGGAGCAGAGAUCAGGCGACGGUAUGAAGACUCAACGUGACGGAGACGAUGGAUGUGCUGGUGCUUGUGAUGCCUUGACUAAAGAAGUCAGUGAAGAGAUCUCUCGUCUGUGUGAGGUGAGGGUAGCCGGCAUCAACCAGCCGUGUACAGAACUGGCAGCUCAAGAACGCGACUCGCCAACACUUCCCAACGGGGAAUGCGAGUCCACUUUAAAGCAGUUUAUUGUCAAGCAGGAGAAGCCAGAGGAGGAGGGAGAUGGUUUAGCCGGCUGUUUAGACUUGAUGAAAGUGGAGGAUUUUAGCCCGGAGUGUAUGACAGCGGUCCAGUCCAAAGUGCUGGAAGAGUGGAAACCAGAAGUGCUGGACAUUCAGUGCCAAGACUCAACCGCUUCUCUGUCCUGCACCAGGCUGGCUCAGGACUUCCCAAACAUCUUCCAGUCGGACGAACCAGCUCCCAUCCUAGAAGAACCUCCACCGGCUUAUGGAGUCCACAUGCGGACCGGCCGCAACCUCGGCCACACCUUAACCAACCUCUACGCCUGCAAGUCCUGCGGCCAGACGUUCCACCUGCCCAGUUUGCUGCGGCGGCACUACGGCCAGUGCCAGCAGAAGCUCCAGCAGUGCUGUCAGCAGCCCGUAGACGGAAGCAAGAGGACCAGGCUGCAGCUGUACCCGCCGGGCUGCAGCCCCUUCCUCUGCACCGUGUGCAACCGAGAGUUCAACCGCAUGGAGAACCUCAAGACUCACCUUCGCAUCCACACAGGAGAGAGGCCGUACACCUGCUCGGUCUGCUCCAAGUGUUUCCGUCACUCGGGGGCGUUAACCAGGCACUUCCGCAUCCACACCGGGGAGAAGCCGUACAUCUGCGGACAAUGUGGGAAGUCCUUCAGAAACUGUGGGGGGCUUAAAUUCCACCAGCGGUCACACAGCAAGCAGCUGAAGUAGCUACACGUGUUUUUUUAAACGGCUGAUGGUAUACAAUGCUGAAUAUGUUUAUCAUUUAUAUGUAAAAGUAGGAUCAUACUUACUGGCUAAUAUCAGAUUGUGUGUGUUGGUCUAACCUUGACUUAAUCUCUGGCUGUUCCUUAAACUGUCGGCCGGGGACCAUUUCAUAACUGUCUCGUCUGCACCGUUUCACAUUUCUGUGACAGGUCUUCCCUUUGAGAACAAAGAUAUUGUUUUUCAGAGCUCUCAAUCUGAAAGGAGAAUCUCAACAAGUUAUAGGAACUGUGAUGUGCCUCAUGCUGAGGUCAAAGCAUAAAUGAUUCUUACUGAAACAAAUUCAAUUAGCUGCAUUCCAGAGAUGUUCUAUGAAUCGGUUCAAUUCUCAUGAGUAGAAAGACAAAACAGAUACUGUGAUCGGCCGCUGCUGUAUGCGAUGGCUCGGUAGCAAAGUGUGGAACCAUUCAUUGUAAUUCUUAGUUUCAAUUCUAACUUGUUUUAUAAGAAAGUUAGACCGUUUUUCUUAUUUAUGACAAUUUUGUAAUAACUUCGUUUUCAAAUAUGUAUUUUAUUUGGACAUUAAUUUCAUCAAUUACUUGUGCAAAUUGCUCAGAAAGUGGGCAAAGUAUGUCGGCUUUGGUUUACUGUACCGACAUACAAGGAAAGACUGCGUGUGCUCCUUUGAAAUGGCUAAAUUUCCCUUAUGAAUUGAAAACAGUUUAAAGAUCAGUGAGCUACACAGGUCAUCAAAGUGUGUGAGAGAGACUUACUGUCUCCAUCAAUAGACAGUGAGUCUAAGUAAUAUCUAUUUUUUCACCUUUGUAUUUAGGACUACGGUGUUUUAUCUCUGCUCCCUCUUUGUUACUCCCUGCGUGCAUGCUAGCCAGAAAACACAACUGUCACCAAAUGUCCACCAGCUGCUGCAGAACUGGGCUUCUGUCCCGUGGAGGACGGCUUGCACCAAAAUGACAAACGGCACUUUUCAGGGAUGUUUUACUUUUAAAUCCCAGUGACGCUGUACGCAAAAACCUAAAGUGUGACCUUGAAACGUUCAACUUAACAGGAUUGACUGGAUCUUAAAAGUUGACGGUUUCCUCCUUCACAGAGAGGUGCGGCUGUGGUCAGCUUGAAGUCACGUCAGCUAAACACCCCGUCAUUCAGUAAUGAGGCCCGACGCUCACUCCUCAGCUGAACUGUGUAUUGAAACUGUCAAUGACUAAAUCAGUGUGAAUGAGUUAUUGCCGUCUGGUUCUCCCUCAAUCUCAACAUUAGCCUCCUCCUGCUCUGUUGAACUCCUCCAGCUGUUCUGUAACUGCCUCGCUGCUUUCAACAAGGCAUUAUGUUACGAGGUUAUUAUUAAAGUCACCUUCCAUUCAGAAGUGUGUUUUGGCCUUUGGUUGCACUGGAACAAAUUGUUGUAAAAAAAUGGGAAAGUCUAGACUAAUGUACUGUUCUUCAAGAAUACAGAUGAAUAUACCAAAUGUUGGCGUGUUUUAUGGUGAUUUUACAUUAUAUGCCGGAAUGUUAGUUUAUUUACAAAGGGUAAUACAACCCAAUACUUUUGCAUUUAAUUCCCAA